AUGCCAUCCAAAGAAUUUCGUGCCCAUCUACGGGAAGCUGUUAUUCCAGGUCAAUACCGCCAUCUGACUCGCGUUCAAGAAGGUGAAUUUGAGGGAUCCAUCGCUUUUGUAUUCUCCUCGCAAGAAUCGGAAGAGAUUGUUGAAUACUCUGCUAUUGUUUCUGAUGACCAUGACUACCCCCAAAAUCACAGCUUCGUGGUCUUCGCGACUUCUGAGAAUGCGAAUCCGGCCAUAACAAAGGCCUUGGAUAUGGCCCAGAAGGAAGGCACCUUCAAUCAAAGCACGAUCCACGAACUUCUGGCCGCAAUGGAGGACCUUACGCUUAACGCCCUCAAUGCACCUCAGGAGCCUACAGCUCACUCUGACACUGAUGAUUUCGACGCCUUCGGUGAUAGUGACUUUGAUGAUUUUGAUUCGGAGAGGCCCAUCAAAGUUUCCUUCCUUAUGGUUUCCGCAGAGAAAUUGCGAGAAAAGAUGUGUGCCGACUUACGAGACGCUAAGGCUGCAGGCUUCAGAAUCGGCCUCAUCAGAGAGCCUGGCAAUCCUUUCUUGAUCGUGUCAAUAUCCUAUCGGAUCUCGCGACUUGGCAUCUCUGAGGAUGCCAUGCAAGCGUGGAAGCUGGAACGACAGGACUACUUCGUUCUACUGAUUCGAUACACGAAGGUUUAUGUGGAUAUGAAGGACGUAUUUGAGCUGGGAGAUAUUCCAUCUCAGGAUUCAGAUGCGCCCAGUCUGCCAGAAGCCUCAUCAAAAGCCUCGCGAGAACAAAUUGCCUCUGACCUGCGGUCUUGUUUCAUCUCGGAACCCCUGCAAAAACUGUUGAACGAACGGUUUUUCCCCAUAGCAAAGCUUCGACAUAAAUUUAACUUCUCGUGGACAGGUGCAGAGCUGUUUUUCCAAAAUAACCAAGGCAUGAUUUCCAAUGAUGACAAUACCAACUCUCCGGACUACCAACGCCCAGACGACUGGGUGACGCCUGCUCCAGAUAUCUUUCAGAAAGAUCAUUUUGCCAAGGUGUCACCGGACCUGUCCAAAAUGUCGUUACCACUGGUAGCAAUGCAAUACGUACUUCGCCAUUUUGCCAAAUGCGGUGAGUUUUGUCUGGUGUGCCAUUGCAAGACCUUCAAUCCAUUUGAGACUCUCAAGCCUUACGUGUGCUCGAAUGGAUUAUGCCUCUACCAAUACAUCGGCCAUGGCAUGGGGUCUAAUUUAGAACACACCAUCCGGACCCAGCCAAAAGUCGUUGACUUGCUUGUUAGCCUCGUCUAUGCAAGUACAUCGGCGGGCCGCCUUGAAGAUUUCCCAACCGGCCUGGGAUUGAAGGUACCCAGACUCGAGACCCCCAAGUACUAUGAUGCAUUCCUUGACCCGGAGACAAUGACCCUUACAGGAAUGGAAAUUGGGAAGAACACAUUCACAGUCGGUACCUGGGUUGCUUUCGGCAUGCCCGGGAACGAUGUGAUCUCAGCUUGGAGCAGUCGAAUCACUUCCAUUGAUCGAGAUGGCGGAUUUCUCAUCCUUUCUGAGCCUGUACCCUGGCAGGAGACUGCAUUCCGGAAAGUGCUCCCACGAACCAAAAUCUCGGGUGAGCAAUUGGCUGUCAGGUUUGCGCUUUAUGACACAGAAUUUGACGACUUGACUGUUGGUGGCAAACAAUCCGCUAUCAGAAUGCUGCUCAAUUCACUACCAGACGUCGUCACAAUGGAGAGCUAUCUGAAGAAAAGUGGACCGGAAAAGACUUUCUCAUCUUGGGAUCGGCUGAAUCCUGCCGCGCUUGAUACUCUUCGGUGGAUAGUCGCAUCCAAUAGAUCCUGCAUCAUGCAAGACGAUACAAACCCUGAUCAUCUUGUGAAGAAUAUGCCUGGCUAUGUCCAAUUUCGCCUUAUCCAAGGAGCCCCAGAUAAGGAACACCGAUUCAUGCAGGCCGUCAAUCAGCAUUCGAUGCUGCAAAAACCUCGGUGUCCAACUUUGUUCGCCUGGCAUGGAAGUGAUCUCCACAACUGGCACAAUAUCCUACGCCAAGGGCUUCAUUUCGAUCAGAUAGUCCAUGGCCGCUCUCAGGGAAACGGCGUGUACUUUUCUAACCAAUUCACAACCUCUUUAGGUUACUCCAGGGGACCAGAAGUAGGGGGGACAUGGCCAGGCAGCAAUCUGCACAUUGCACGCGUAAUUUCGCUGAAUGAGAUUGUCAACUGUCCAAGAAAGUUCACCUCCGUUAGACCCUAUUUUGUUGUCGACAACCUGCAAUGGAUCCAACCUAGAUACCUCUUUGUUGGGACCACGGUUGGGACCACUGACGCAGCUUCAGUACCGUCAGUGAAACCGAAGAAACGGCGUGCCGAUUCAGAUUCGAUUUCCAUCUUGCCACAAGAUCCUCAAUACGUUGCUUUCGGCCCGAAUGGAGCCAAGAUCAAUAUCCCCAUGUCUGCCCUCAGCUACCAACGUCGCCAGGCUCUCUCAAAAGUUCUGCCUGUUCACAAUGAUCCUAGGGCGCGCAGUUCAAAGAAGCCUUCUCGGGUAAUGGACGGCGUUCCCCAUGACGACGACUUGCGGAGCGUGGCUAGCGAGGCUGAAGACAUUGCCCUGCUACUUUCGGACGAUGAAGUUCUCCCGAUGAAAAAUCUGGCGGCCCGCCCUGUCACUAAUAAGAUGGCAUUCGAGCCUGAUAAGCUUACCAGUGGAUCUGUCUCUCUGCUUGAGGAACCUCAGUACUCAGACAGCAAAACGACAUCGGUCCUCCAGCGCCAUCUGAAAGCAGUUCUUAAGCUUCAGAAGACUGAACGAUUGGAUGAGCUUGGGUGGUAUGUCAAUAAGUAUCUCCUUCAGACUGUUUACCAAUGGAUCGUUGAACUGCACUCUUUCGAAAAAGAUCUCCCCCUCGCUAAAGACCUUGAAAAGCGCAAGCUUCAAAGUGUCAUCCUGGAGGUGCGAUUCCCACACCAAUUCCCCAUGAGCCCUCCCUUCGUUCGUGUGAUCAGACCGCGCUUCCGGGAGUUCGCACAGGGAGGGGGUGGCCAUGUCACGAACGGCGGGGCGUUGUGCAUGGAGCUCUUGACCAAUAGCGGAUGGUCGCCGGUGGCUUCUAUGGAGAGUGUCUUUCUCCAGAUCCGUAUGGCUAUCACCAGUACGGACCCCUGGCCUGCACGCCUCAGUGCCAAUGAUGGGCGCGGCAGCUACACCAUUCAUGAAGCUGUCUCCGCUUACAAGCGGGCUUGCCAGACCCAUGGUUGGGCCAUCCCCACGGAGUUACCGACUGCUUGA